GGAAAACAAAACAAUACAGUUAAUCCAAAAAGUACUCAUCAAAGUGAAUUUGUAAAAAUCGAUAAGAUAAAAAAGGAACCUAAAUUAGGAUUAACACGCUAUAUAAAGACAAACAAAACAUUUUUUAAUCACAUUAGGUCAACAUGAAGAUUUCGGCGGCAAUUUCUUUGGGACUCCUCUUGGCGGUGUUGGCCCCAUCCACCCAAAAACACAUCGCACCUCGUAUCAUUGGAGGAGACGAAGCAAAAGCUGGUCAAUUUCCAUACGCUGCUGCAAUUUAUAUCAAAAAAGAACUUAGUACCACUUUCUGUGGCGGAGCUCUUCUUAGCAAUUUGUGGGUUUUGACUGCCGGUCAUUGCGUCGAUGGGGCCGUUUCUACCAUUGUUUAUUUGGGUUCCACUACUUUGCAAGACCAUGAUCCUAACAGAAUCAUGUUGACCACAGAUAAUCACGUAAUUCACCCGUUGUACAACAGGACUACCCUGGAACACGACAUUGGGCUUAUCAUGUUCAGAAUGGCCAUAACAUUCUCUGACUACAUUAAGCCCACCAGCUUCUUCCCCAUCGCAGACUUGCCUGGAGGAGCUCCUGUUACAACCUUUGGGUGGGGACAGAUCGAUGAUGAACAUGCUGGUGUCACAAAUCACUUGCGUUAUGUCCAGUUAAGUGCAUUGACAAAUGAUGAAUGUAAACUGGUCUUUGGUUCUAGAAUUACAGAAAACAUGGUUUGCGUUUCUGGAAAUUACAAUGAAGGGAUUUGCAGGGGUGACAGUGGAAGUCCUCUAAUCCAAAACGUUGGUGGUGGUCAUACCCUCAUUGUAGGUGUGGGAAGCUUUUUAAGCGAAAAUGGAUGUGAAUCUACUGAUCCCUCUGGAUUUACAAGAGUUUUCCCAUACAGGGACUGGAUAAGAAAUGUUACCAACAUUGUGUAAAUUUUUAAGAUCUAAAACUGAGAUUAAUAAAGUUAUGGAAACAUGUCUUUGUA